AUGACGAUGGUAAGUAACAUAGUUGUACGUGAUAUGCUAAAAAUGGAACGAAUCGGAGCUCAUUCACAUAUUCAAGGACUUGGAUUAUCAGAGAAUUUGGAGCCACAAAGAGUAUCUGAAGGAAUGGUUGGACAGUUAGAAGCAAGACGAGCUGCUGGAAUUAUUGUGAAAAUGAUUCAAGAUGGAAAAAUAUCUGGUCGAGCAGUACUAUUCACGGGAGAACCAGGUACCGGCAAAACGGCAAUUGCAAUGGGUCUUUCUCGAGCUCUAGGUGAGGAUACUCCAUUUGUAUCAAUUACAGCCUCUGAAGUCUUCUCUAUGGAAAUGAGCAAAACAGAAGCACUGAUGCAAGCUUUUAGGAAAGCCAUAGGUGUUCGAAUCAAAGAAGAAACAGAGGUCUUAGAAGGGGAAGUUGUGAGCAUUGAAAUUGAUCGUCCUGCUACUGGUGGUGGUGCUAAAGUAGGAAGGCUUACCAUGAAAACAACUGAUAUGGAAACGAUCUAUGACCUUGGUAAUAAAAUGAUCGAGGCAUGCAUAAAGCAAGGAAUAUCAGCUGGGGAUGUCGUGCAGAUCGAUAAAGCUUCAGUAUCCAUAUAUAUUAAAUUUGUGAGCAUUUCCGGUCGUAUAACUAAGAUUGGUCGAUCUUUUUCUCGUACUUAUGAUUAUGAUGCAAUGGGUCCACAAACAAAACCUGUAAGGUGCCCUGAAGGUGAAAUCCAAAAACGAAAAGAAACUGUUCAUACGAUCGCUCUUCAUGAAAUUGAUGUAAUCAACUCACGAACACAAGGCUUUCUAGCCUUGUUCUCAGGAGACACGGGGGAAAUUAAAAAUGAAAUCAGGGAACAAAUUAACAAGAAGGUGGUUGAAUGGCGAGAAGAAAAUAAAGCCGACGUGGUCCCAGGAGUACUUUUUAUUGAUGAAGCUCAUAUGCUGGAUUUAGAGUGUUUUUCAUUUUUAAAUCGAGCCAUCGAAUCUGAUCUUUCACCUAUUCUUGUAAUUGCUACCAAUAAAGGACAUGAGUUCAUUCGUGGGACUCAAAUAAAAAGCCCACAUGGGAUCCCAAUCGAUCUUCUAGAUAGAUCACUAAUAAUUCGAACGAAGCCAUAUUCAACAAAAGAUAUCGAAGAUAUUUUGCGAAUUCGUGCGCAGGAAGAAUCCGUAGAAAUGGAAGAAGAUGGUUUCGGUAUCCUAACGCUUUUAGCUGGCAAAACUUCACUGCGCUAUGCUAUGCAGCUGAUCUCAACUGGAAACAUUUUGCGCGAACGAAGACGAGGCGAAAAAGUAUCACCAGUGGAUCUCAAACGAGCUUAUUCGUUAUUUAUGGACCAUAAAAGAAGUGAGAAGUUCUUGAAUGACUAUCAGAAGCACUUUAUCAAUGACUGA